AAGAUUUGGCAUUCACAGUACUGAACUGCAGCAUCACACACUGACUACGUGCGAUAACCGCGAUAGAAUAAAAGCGUUUUUUGAAGAUGGCAAGGAUGACGAUAGUGUGGAAUGCGAAGCUUUAUAACUGCUCCAAACAUGCAAAUCUUUCUGUCCCUACGCGCGUUGCCGUCAGUGGAUAUGUUAGAAAAUUUUAAACGUGUGGAUGACACCUUAUUCCUGUCUGACUUCCUACAAAUAGACAUCCCAAGUAAACCUAAAUGUUUUCUAUAUAAUGGAAACCCACUCUUAUGUUUAUAAUUAUACAAUCCUCUUUCGCAGAGUAUUCCAAGAAUGGAGCUUCGAAAGCCAUCGCACCAAGUAAUAGAUGGAGUACCUAGGUGCAGGGGCAUAGUUCCAGAGAUUCUACGAGAAAACCUCAAGUUCCGACCUCAAAUAGGAGAUGUGGUGCAGUCAACAUUUCCGAAGACUGGUACACAUUGGAUGAUGUACAUUGUCCAGCUUAUUCUGAGAGACGGCGAGCCAAUGACAACGCACGAAGAGCUGGCUAAGUACUGCCGCUUUAUUGAGUAUGUGGGUAUAAAGGGCUGGAAGUCCUCCCUGGGAAUGAGAACAUUUGCUACGCACUUGCCCUUGAGUGAGGACACCAUCAGCGAAGAAGGAAAGUACAUUUACGUUGCCCGCAAUCCGUGGGAUGUGUGCGUUUCAAUGUACCACAUGGUGACCAAUGUGAGCGCAUACGAGUACCAGGGCGCCACGUUCGAGGAAUUUGUUGACGUGUUUGUCAGCGGGAACUUUGGUUACGGUGACUACUUUGAACACGUGGCGUCAGCUUACAGCAUUAGGCAGAAACCGAACGUGCUGUUUGUGACUUACGAAGACAUGAAGAAGGACACUCGUGACGUGAUUAUCAAGGUAGCGCACUUUUUGGGCGAGCGCUAUGGACGAGCUUUACUAGAGGAUGAAACAUUACUUCACAAGAUGUUAGAGAGCUCCAAGCCAGAGCACAUGCGAGGUGUCGUGGUCGUUGACUUUCGCAAAAGACAUAGCACUCGGGGGAAGAGUGUAACCUGCAAGCAGGGCUACGAAGGAGAUCAGACGAAAUACGGUCUAGUGCGAACAGCCAAAGUCGGAGGGUGGAAAGAACACUUCACACCAGAGCUGCUCCGACGCAUGGAAACUAGGAUAAGUGAGGCAGAGACGGUGUCAUCGUUUAUUGAUCUCUGGAAGGACAUCAGAGCGGAGGCAUUCAAGUUAUCGCAAGGUGUCUGAUAAGGAGUGCCUGUUUGACUGAGCCGAAUGAAACUUCGUGGAAUUAUGAAUACGUGAUUUUCAGUUUGCAAAAAUAUACUUGCAUAUUGAAAUGAGCAUCCGGGAUGCCGAUAAUGGUACACUGGGCUAUUUAAACUCAGGAACUAUUACUAGCAUGCGCUUUGGUAUUAAGAGCGAUGUGAUCAUUCCGAAAUUAUUCAAAACGUGCGCAUUUUCCGACAAAAAUGCUUCCUCAGUGUUAAUUUAAGCUGAUUUAUAUUAGCCAUUCUGCUGCGAAAAUAUAAAUGCUUUGUCAAACGCAACUUGGACGUCAAUUUCAGUGUGCAUGUUAACUUGUGUUUAUGCAAAACCUAUAAGAUACUUGCAACAAAAUGAGCCCACGACUCCACA